AAUGAAACACUAGUAUUCAGAUGAUAAUAAAAGUCGCAGAAAUCAGAUAAUUUUUUUAUUAUUCUAAACGCGAUACUUGUGAGUAUUAUAAAGUUUUGUUAAUAUGCACAAAAAACUUUUUAUUAUUAUUUUAUUUUAUUUAGCUUUCCAUAACUACUUCAUUAAAGUAAUAAUUUAGUGGCAUAAGAAGGCUGGUUUAAUUAUAUCUAUCUAAAGUAAACAAACUCAAUUAUUGUCUUUAUUUUGUUUACUUAUUCAAUGUAAAUGUUCCACAAGUUAGGCAUUUAAGGCUAAAGCUAAACUUUCAGUAGGUAUAUAAGUACAGUGGUCUUGCUAUAACUUUGACAGAAGGGCUUGAAAUUCUUGAAAUCAAAGUUACACUGAAAAAAAAAAUGUAGUUAUCGUAACCAUCUGAAGUAGUGCUUAAUGGUAGAUAGUUGUCACAACAAAAUGUAUCGUUAAAUUGGGUAGGUGUCAUUCAGACAAAAUCUUUAUUACACAUAUUCCGAUUGCCUAGAUCCUGCUCAUCCAGAGUUUGAUUACCUACAAUCUCGAUUAAAAGUGAUUGUUUUUAAAUAGAUCCAGCUUAAACAGAAUGAUUUUAUUUCGCCAGUAUUUAUAUAUUUAUAUAUUUACAGUAAAUAUAGAUAUAUUGACAAUGAUAAUUCAAUCCUAGAUUAAUAAGCUCUUGGAUUAAACAACUGCCCCUAAAUCAUCAGUUAUAAAUUAAGAAAUCAUGUGUAAAAGAGAUCUAUCUUAAAACAAUCACUUCUAAUCAGAAUUGUAGAUAAUCAAACUCUGAGUAAGCGGGAUUUAGGCUAAAGGAAUGUACACAAAAACGAUUCUGCCUAAUAAACUUCUGUCUGAAUGAUAUCUACCCGUUAAAUUUGGAAUACUAGAUUGCCGCAUUAACUAUCUUCAAUUAUGAAUAAAAGUAUUCUUAAUUUAACUAUACUAUGUGGUUACAUUUCCUAUGCUCGGUAUUUUGCUGGUUUUAACGAUUCUGAAAGAUUACUAUCAAAGCAAUCCUAAUUUUUAAUUUAGCAAUCCGAAUGGUUAAUGUAGCAAUCUGGAUUGUGAAUAUAUCAAUACUGGCUGUUAAUAUUACAAUACGUAUUGUCGUAGCAACCAUCUAUAUAGAUAGUUGAUUUAACAAAACAUUGUAUAGGUAAUAUAUAGAAAUGUAACUUUUACGCAAAUAAUGUAUUUCUAUAUUAACAAUCUACAAUUUUUUAAACUUUAAAUAGUUACUACAGCCUAUCGGUAUUGCUCUUACAGCAAUAUUUUUCAGUUUACAGAAUAAAAAAAUGUAUUAUUAUUUUUAUUUCGGUUGACUUUCAGAGUCUUCUCUUUGAAUAUAUAUUAAUCAAUUAGUACUGUAUAUUUAUUGAUUUAUUUACGCUAAUCGGCUUUAUACAUUCUAUUUAACUUUUAGAAAAGUAGUGUUUAAUCUAAAACUGCACAUAAACGUGAAUAUAAUAUAAUAUAGUACUUUAGUGACGUGGUAAAAUAUUUUUUGUAUUACUCAUGCGAGAAAAGUAGUAUCUUGACGCUCGCUGUUGCGUUUGAAAAAGAGCCGUUUGCCCAUUUUAAAAUUAUGCGUGAGUUUUUUCAUAAAUAAAACUGUUAUUUGAGUGCGACAAGUUUACUUGUCGCACGUAAAUUAUUCUUGGCACACGCAAAUUUAGAUAAAAUUGCUAAAAUUAAAAAAAUAAUAACAAAAAAAAACACAAUCGACAUAUUAAAACUGAAUUGAGGUUGACGCGUCUGACAGUUUAAUUUAAUAAAUAAAAUUGUAAUUAAAUUAAAAUUAGUUUAAAAACGAAUAUGGAGUCGGAAAUAAUACCGGAAACUCCAGAAAGUUCGAGCGACGAAUCCACACCACCUGAAAUUCUGAAAAAAGCCGAUGAAGUAAGAAAUAAUUUAGUUCCUCAAGUAUCGAGACCCAAAUAUGAAGCGGCUUACAAUAAGUUUAUGGAAUGGCGAAGAAAUAAAAAGGUCAAGAGCUUUUCUGAACCCAUUCUUCUGACUUAUUUUAGUGAACUUGCCGAAACCAAAUUACCGUCAACUUUGUGGGCCACUUACUCAAUGUUGCGAAGUAUGAUUGACAUCAAACACAAAAUUAAUAUUUAUAAUUAUUCGGGUUUGAUCGCUUUUUUAAAGCAGCAAAAUAAAGGUUUUAAACCAAAAAAAGCUAAAACGUUAGACGCUGAGCAAAUAAAUCAAUUUUUGAACCAAGCUCCUGAUAAUCAAUUCUUGGCAAUUAAGGUGGCUUUGAUUUUUGGGGUUCAAGGUGCGUGCAGGCGUCAUGAACUUUGUGAUUUAACAGUGGACAAUAUAAUCGACAAAGGUGACAUGUUGUUGGUGAAAAUUCCAAAAACUAAAACCGGCAAAGCAAGAUCUUUUGUCGUGACGGAUGCGUUUUAUCAAACUUAUAAAAAAUACUCUUCUUCACGCCCAACAAACUUAGCUACCAAGAGAUUCUUCGUGGGUUAUCGGAACGGCAGGUGUACGAGGCAAAAUAUUGGCAUUAAUACGUUCGGUAGCAUGCCAAAAAUAGUAGCGAAAUAUUUGAAUUUAGCAAACCCGGAGUCUUACACAGGCCAUACUUUUAGAAGAACAUCAGCUACUCUGUUAGCGGAUUCUGGUGCUGAUCUUCUUACAAUAAAAAGGCACGGAGGAUGGAAAUCCAAUCCCGUUGCUGAAAGUUACGUGGAAGACUCAGUAGGUAAUAAAAAACGGAUUAGUGAGCAAAUUGCACGUGCCAUAUCAUCGAGACCAUCUACUUCACGCGAACAUUCAGACUCAAACAACCCAAUUUUUGGAAAAACUUCUGAAGAACCGAUGAACAUCACUGUGAUGCAUCAAGAAAAUGAAAGAUCCGAAAUUUUAGAGCAGGUUUCAUCUAAAAACGCCAUGAAUUUGAAUAUUACAUUUACGAACUGCACAAACAUUUCAGUUCUUUUAAAUGACACUGAAAAAAAGUAACUUAUUUAUGUUGCUGUUGUUGUUCUUGUUAUUUUUUGUUCUGAUCAAAUAAAUUUAUAUUCAUUUGUAA